AUGGAAAAACAAGAGACACCGAAAGCGACCAUCAACCAAACCACGGCUGAUGCCGUGAGUUCGGGUAUCAUCUCAACCAUGCUCAGUGCCCUGAAUACUCCAGAUGUCCAAAAGCUCCUCGCUCUGGUAUGCGGCUUCACGCUGUCCAAAGUCUUGCCAAAACACUCGAUCGACAGCAAAGCCUUCUCGAGAGCUUCCACAGGCUUCUCAUCGGGUGUAGCUUGUGCAACGAUCGCGCUUACCUGUGGCCUCUUACCAGACUCAGCAAAAGCCCCAACAAUGCUGGUCAUGGUCAUAGCUGGAGCGACUUUUGGAUGUGCGAAUCUCGUAUGGGAUUUCUUGCCAAGGGAAGAAGACACCCAGACCGAGACCAAAGAACAUCUGCGCAUCGAAGCUCUAGAAGAUCAAAAUCAGGAACUCAUCCUUCUCCUCAACCAGGCCAACAACGAGAUCCUCGCAGAGAAGGAAGAGAAAAGAGACUUACAACAACUCAUCACCGAUAUCCAAGAAGAAGCUCUCAAUCGCCAAAAUGACGACGAACUCGAGCUAGAACAUCGACCCAUCACGACACACGAAUCUUCCCAGGUCGAAAUUCUCCAAACCAAGCUCAGGAGCCAGGAUCAAGAAAUCUCCGAAAUCAAAGAAUACUAUGAAGACCUCCUUGUCCUCGACGAAAAACAUAUCACAGCCCUGCGUCAAGGUUCACAAGAUGACAAAGUCCACUUCACAACCCAAAUCUCAAAUCUCAAGACCGAAAUCCAAGGAUACCGAGAUCGUGAAGAGAGACAUAAUGAGGAGAUGAAGUCAUCGUCUGAUUUGAUCGACAGCAAAGAGAAAACGCUACAAAAACUCAUCAGUCAAGUGAAAGGUGCAGAGUCGUUGAAGAAGCAGAAAGAUCACUGGAAACGUGAAGCAGAGAUCCUGGGCAAACAAAUCGAGGAUAUCUACUGGUUUACUGAAGAAGGGGAAGGUGCUGUGGAGUUAUAUUAUCGAUGUAAAGAGGCCAAGGUGGCUUUGAGGGCUGCUGAUGAUGAGAUUGGAAGCCUGAGGAGUCAACGUGACGCUGCGAGAGAGCGAGUGGUUCAGCUUGAGAAGAAGCUUCAUGACCUGAAAGAUGUGUGCUGUUCGCAACACGAGUUGAAAUUGGAUAUGUUUGCUGCGCUUGUGGAGAAAGCUGCAGAGAUUGAGAGGUUGGAGGAGGACAUUGUGAGUUUGAAGGAAGAAGUUGAGGGUCAGCAGAGAGCGAGGGGUGAGUUGGAGACGGUGGGACGAGGGCGGGAGGAAAUUCGGAUCAGUGGGUCUAUGACCGAGGUGGAGGUGGAGGUGGAGAUGGAGGCGCACAUGGAUGAUGAAUUAUAUGAUUUGUGUCUGUUUUGA